CAACAACAAGAUGCAAGCAGGAAAGAACGCAAUGGCAUCAGUGAAGGAAACAGCAGCCAAUAUUGGAGCUUCAGCCAAGUCCGGCAUGGAAAAAACCAAGGCCACCAUGCAAGAAAAGAUGGAGAAGAUGACAGCCCACAGUGAACUAGAAAAGGAAGAGGCAGAGAGGAAGAAGCAGGAGAGAAUUCGGGAAGCAGAAACAGAAAAGCUGGAGGCAAAACAACAGAAUGCAAUGGCACGUGAACAAGUACGAGCAGGACACGGUCAUUCCGACGAUCACCGGCGCUCGUCGGCAGCCGAGCAUGUCGAGCCUGCUGUGAUCAGCUCUCGUCCGAUUGAUCUCGAAACUGGCACUGGCCGACCUUCUUGCUAGUGAUCACCUUGAAUUUCACGGCACUAAGGGAUCAGACGGUGUCUUUCGUCUUCUUAGCUACUUCUCUUCAUGUGUUUUAUUUUUUAUUGUUUUUAG